AUGAAGAGAGAAUUCCCCUGUUGUCCUUUUGAGAUCGCCUCACUAGUACCAGGUAAGCUGAUGAUGCAGGAUGGAGAAGGCUGUGCAGAUGAUCUAGAGCAGCUCUGGACACAACUGGAAGCUCAAAGGUCUCAUUUCAGCAUGGACAAAGCAGCUGAACUCACAUGGCAGCUGGAGGGUUCACCUGGCAAAGCAGGACAGCAAGAGCAAAGCCCUGAUGAUGGAGACAAAGCAGAAGUGCUGGGACAGCCUGCACACAGCAAGAACAAGCUACCCCAGGGCCACACCCUCCAGUGGGAGACUCUAGGCAGACAGUUUGUAGAGUAUGAGCAGAUGGCUCCAUUUCUCAUCCCAGAGGAGCAACAGAGAAGGCUGCUGGACUUUCUUCCCCUCUUCUUAAAGGCCUGGGAACAGUCUGCUGGAGUAGUCGUAUUCCCCAACAUUCAGCUGUUAGCCAGCGAAGUUUCCAAGCUUCUGACAAAAGAAAUUAAGAGGAACCUCAAUGGCAAACCUGCAGAGGAAGCUCGUCUGGCUUUGGAGCAAUUGCUACAACAGAAAGGGGAAGCAGAAGAUGGCCGUUUGCUCCUGAAAUCGGUGUAUCUGCUCUCACAGACUGACUUGAGAACUAUGUGGAACAUCAUUGGAUCUGGCCUUCCAGCUGCUCUGAUGCAGUGCCUGUACCUUUUCUUUACUUUUCCUCUGAAGAAAACCAGUGAUGAUGGAGAGACAAGUGAGAAUGACACUCAAACUCAGGAAAUGCUUGUUAAGAUAAUGCUUAACAUGUACAGAGAGGAACAAGGUGUAGAGGAACUUCUGGCAGCUGAUAAGCUUCAGUCAUUAAUUAUAGCAACUGCUUCCCUCUGGGACCAGUGUAGCCACUCGUGGAAAGUACCUACAGGCCGUGUGCUGAGAACAAUUUCCAAGGCUCAGACCAAAAACAGCAUUGUGUACCUACAAGCUGUGGACUGCAUUAAAAUAGCUGUUCAGAAUCUCUUUAAACUGGCCGAUACCCUACCUGCUUGUGAUGUGUGUGAAGCUGCUAGUAUUGUCUUGUGCUUUGUGAAAGACUCCUAUCCCAUAUCAUCAGCUUUAUUAACAGAGUUUGAAAAUAAUGAUGGCUACCAACUCCUGCUAAAAAUUUUACUCAGAUGUGAGGGGUUGCAGCAAGAUGGACACCACUAUCUGGAUGAGAUCCUGGACAUGCUGACUUGCCUUACAACCUGUGGAAAAACUGAACUGAAAGUUUCUGGCAAUAUUGUACACCCGCAAUUACCACACUUUGAUUUUGAACGGACACGGACUUCUGGAAUGACAGUGAAAAACCUCCAGGCUUUUCAGGUGUUGCAGUCCAUUUUCCAGAAAAGUAAUGAUCAGCACCUGUGUGGAAGAAUCUUGGCAGCAAUUGGUACCAUAUGGGCCUGGGACACAGUGAACUUCUUUCUUCUGGAAUGGACACUACAACCUAUCAACCAGUUUACUGACAUAAUCCAUUUCAAACCACACCCAGUCCAAGUCCAGUUCUUCAGACUGGUGGAGUCCAUAGUGCUAGACCUGUCCUAUGUCCCCCAUGAAAUUCUGAAGAAGGUUCAGUAUUUGAUAAAGGAAAACAUAGUGCCAUUCUGCACCUUAACAGCUCUCCGGUGCCUUCUCAGCAUGACCAAGAAGGACCUGUUAUUCAGCGACAUAUUCCGUGACUCUGGGCUCUUAGGCCUACUGCUGGCACUUUUGAGGAAGCACGCCAAGAUCCUGAGGAAGUCAGCUGGAACCCAUCUGCCUGGUCUGGAAGGAGGCACUGAGAAGGAAUUAAAUGCCGUGAUGCUGAAGAUGGUGGCUGCCCUUACAGUGGGGUCUGUGAGGAACACUGUUGUUCUGAAGGACUAUGGAAUGGUGCCGUAUAUAAAGAUAUUUUUGGAUGAUGAGUGCUACAGGAGUGCUACUCUCAGCAUCUUGGAACAGCUAUCAGUCAUCAACUAUGAAGAGUAUAUGAGCAUUAUUAUUGGGGCCCUCUGUUCUUCCACUCAAGGGGAACUACAUCUGAAACUAGAUCUGCUGAAGUCACUCCUGAGGAUACUAGAGAGUCCCAAGAGCCAUUCAGCUUUCAGAACCUGCAGUGGAUUCAAUGGACUCCUGUCCCUUCUCUCAGACAUGGAAGGUGCGUUGCAGGACCCUCCAUCUGGGCUGUGGACAGGAGUUGGACAGAAUUGCAUAUUGGAGCUUGUUUUCUACACGCUUCAGGGGAUAACAGCAGCCCUGCACCUGGACCCUGUCAACAGCAACUUCUUCCAGAGGAAUGGUCUCUUUGAAAAGAUGGCAGAGGAUCUCGGGUCACUUGGAUGCUUCGGGACACAAGGGGAAUGGCAAAUCCCUCUGAACCUUGAGAAGACAAGGACAUUUGCAGAGUUCUUGGAUGCAGCUUUCUGCUCUUCAGAACCUUUCCCAACGUGGCUAAAGAACUGCAUAUGGAUUCUGAAUUUUCUUGAUCACAUGAUCAAAGGAACUCUCCAUCUAGAGAGCUACUUCAAGGAGAGAAAGCCAGAGAUGGGAGAGGCAUCAAGAGAUGAUCAGGAGGGACCCCAAGCUCAAGAAGAACAUCCUGUUGCUUUCAAAAGACGAGGCAACAAAUUACCUGCCUCUGCCUAUAGGCUAUGGGGAAACCCUGAGGAGAAGUGGGAAAUGGGAGACUGCAUCAUUGUACAUCCAGGUGCUGUCUGUGUUAUGGUGAGGUUGCUGCCAAAGCUGUACAAAGAGGGACACUCUCAGCUUUCACAGGAAAUCCAGUGUGCUGUGGUUGAUCAUAUCCAGUCCCUGGUGAAGUCAGAGAAGAGUCGCCAGGUGAUGUGUGGAUCUGGCUUGCUGAGCACCAUUAUAACUUCCUGUCAGGAUGCCUUCCGCAGUGAGAGCCAUCCCCUGCAUCUGCCCCUCACUAGAGUGUUUGAGAAGCUUGCAUCACAGGCUAUUGAGCCAGACGUGUUAAGCAGCUCUCCUUGGGUGUCUAAGGGAUCUGCAUUGGCACUCCAGACUGCAAUGAGUCUUAUCUCCAUGACGUCACCUCGAAACUUCCAGCUCCGCAGCACUGCUUUGGCUCCAUCAUUUGUGGAGUUUGACAUGUCCAUGGAAGGAUACGGGUGUUUAUACAUCCCUACCUUGGCCACUGUCAUGGGACCGAGUGCAGAGCAAUCUGUCUCAGGAGGAAUUGGCAUGGGCACCAGAAUGUUCCCUCCCUCGAGCGGCCUGACUCUCUCUUGCUGGUUUCUGGUUUGCAAGUUUGGUUUGGUGCACAACAGUCACCCACUCCAUUUCCUCACUGUUGUGAGGCACAUGUCAAGAACAGAGCAAGAAUUUGUUUGCUUUUCAGUAAGCUUCUUCCCCCAGGACCGUUCUUUGGUCAUUUCCACAGAAGAAGUAGAAUUCCAGCCGCUUGAUAUCAUGGAACCUGAGGGCGAGGUCCUAAAUCCCUCCCCAUUCCCAGGGCAAGUCCAGUUUGGCUGUGGCAAGCUGCUGGUCACUGGCCAGUGGCAUCAUCUCACAGUGACAGUUGCUAAGGAAGCGAAGAAGACCUGCAUUGUGUCAGCUUAUAUAAAUGGUCAGAUGCUUGGCUCUGCAAAGAUGCAGUAUCUCCAGCCCUUACCAGGUAGUUAUAUUUCCAUGGAACCCUCUUCCUUUAUUGAUGUCUAUGGGUACAUAGCUACUCCUCGAAUUUGGAAACAGAAAUCCUCCUUGACCUGGCGCCUUGGCCCUACAUACUUGUUUGAAGAAGCCAUCUCUGUAGAAACCAUGGAGGCGAUUAAUAAGCUUGGCCCACAGUACUGUAGCAAUUUCCAAGCAGUACAGCUUCAAGGUGAGGACCAGUACAGUGAUCAUAAUCCUACACCUCUGGUGGCAGAAGAGAAGAUUUCUUUUGGAAUCAAUGCCAUGUGUUCAUCUGUCACUACGGUCCAAGAUAUAAAGAGCUUCUACAAUGAAGUGGAUGGCCGGCUGAUUGCCAAAGAGAUUGGGAUUAACUCUCGGGACAGUUCAACUCCAAUAUUCCUGGCUAAGAAUAUUGCUGGACAUCUCUCAGGUUCCUUGCGGACUAUUGGGUCAGUUGCUGUGGGCCAAUAUGGGAUAAGAGUGUUCCAGUCCUAUCCAGCAGCUACUAGCCUGAACUUCAUUGGAGGCCCUGCCAUUCUCCUGGGUCUCAUUGCUAUGGCCCGUGAUGACCACACCAUGUAUGCAGCUGUCAAAGUCCUGAACUCCAUCCUGAACAGCAGCCCAAUGAGUGAAAAAUUGAUGAGUCAUAUGGGUGGAUACCAGUUGCUGACCUAUCUGUUGAAGAGGAAGACACAGCUGUUAAACAACAGGAUUUUACAGUUAAUGUUCUCCCUAGUGGGCACAGCUGAGCUUGGCUUUGAGUCUUCAGUCAUCAAGAAUUAUGGUGCAUUCCACUAUGUUCUCUGCAAUUUCGAGCUUUGGAUGAAAGCACCAGAAAACCUUGACCUUGCUCUUUUUUCACAUCUUGUGGAGAUCUUGCAGUCCUCCAGACAUGGAUGUCAGAAUGCUGCAGUUGCCUACCAGGUGCAAAUGGUGCCCAAGCUCAUUUUCCUCUUCAAUGAUCCUGAAAUCAGUAACUCCAGGAUCACUGUGGCCUGCACUAUUCUCUCCCAUCUGUUGCAGGGAUACUUUAACACAAGGGAUGUUCUCAGGAUUGGAUUGUUCCUUGUUUACACUUUGAAACCUUCUUCUGUGGAUGAAAAUCAGAUUUGUCUGGACGAUGUGGCUGAGAUGCCCAAUGGAG